AAAUUUUAAUUUUCACUCUUUGACAAUGAAUAAUACUACUGAAGUGUUCGAUAAUGUUGAAGUUUUAAUUUCAAGAUAUCAAAAUGAUCAAUUAUUAUUCUGCCUGGUCGUUACAUUUAUCACGAUUGGAAUUUUUCUUUUGUGUGGAGCAUGGUGCAUCUAUGCAAUUCGAAAAAUGCAAGAAGAAUCCAGCGUGUAUCAUUUUGAAAAUGAAUUUAAACCAGAUGAUGAUAGCGUUCCAAUAAAUUCAAAAAGAAAACCUGCUGGAUUUUGUGAUAUUGAUAUAGAAAAUAAAGAGAGAAGAAAAAGGAAUAGAAACAAUUAUUUCAAAUCGAUUGGAAAAAGCUUCAUUAUUUGGAAAGAAUAAGAUGAUAUGAUAAGAAAAGUGAACGAUGCAGAGAGCUUUCUCUGUUUUUUCCUGGGUUUUUGUCCAUAUGUGUGUCUUUUUCUUAUUUGUUCUGAUAAUAAACCGUAUCCU